AUGUCGAAUCAACUGCUUCCCCUCGAGCUGAUCGACAAAUGUGUCGGCUCGCCAAUACAGGUGAUCAUGAAGGGCGACAAAGGUUUGUCUAGCAAGGAACUCGUUGUGCCGUGCAAAACAGAGCGACUAAUUCUGACGGCAGAAUUCAGAGGCAUCCUUCAAGGCUUCGAUGACUUCGUCAGUAUGUUGAGCUCCUCCGCAUGAAUUGUCUUUGAAACUCCCUCUGACCGGCUACUAGACAUGGUCCUCGAGGAUGUCACCGAGAUGUAUGUCCUAAUCUGAAGCAAUGGGCCAGAAUGCUGUACUCACACACACUGCUCUAGCGACUAUACAUCCGGCAACACAAAGCUUCCGAAGAUUCUCCUCAACGGCAACAACGUCUGCAUGGUACUUAAGCGGCCGUUCAUGAAAGUUUUCAGCGGCAGUAGCUAACGGAACGUAGCUCAUUCCUGGAGGCCUACCAGACGACCAGUGA